GUAGAUCACAGGAAUUGAAUCUGCGAGCACUUGACGGCAAAGAAUUGGCGGCUCCCAAUCCCUGCGACUCUCACUCAAGAGCACAUCUUCAACCGUUUUCUUGUGUCCUGAUUGGCCAGCCAGCCACAUGAGGUUGCAUCUCCAACCUCCAACUCAACCAAUCGGGCUACUCCAUCACUAUCGGGCAUCUCAUGAUUUCCACCCGGGCGCUUAACAGAGGAGACGAGUGGUGAUAGCACCUCACUUCUCUGAUCUGAUUGGCCCACGCCGUUGAUGCUCAUCCUCGAGAUGCAGUGAUUGGCAUCAGAGUAUCACUCCAGGCGCCCGCUCACAGGCUGGCUACAGGUCCUUCACGCAGCAUCACAGCGGCUUUUCUCACCUCGAGAGCCUCUCACAGCUGUCCAACAUGGGGGCCCCUCUCAGCUGAUGGCCACCUCCAAGGCCCUUAAACGGCUGCCCACCCCGCCCUGGCCGCCCAGGAAUGCUUCUUACAUCUUUAUUGAAUUGAGCUGCCGGUCAGCAAAGACGAAUUUGGCGGUCUCAAUCAGGACUCUGUACGAUAUCGCAUGUGGAACAGUUUAUAGCUGCUACCAGCAGCCGACACAGCGCAACAUUGAACUCCAACGUCACCAAGCAAUCAGAUCAGAUCAGAUUAAAUCGCAAACAUGAAGUUCCCAACCUUCAAACGCUCUCAGCAAGAGCACACAGACAAACCAGCCAAGGCCAAGAAUUACCGCGUCUUAUUCCGGAAAUGGCCUCGCGUAUCGAGAAAGGGAACAUGGUGGUUAAUGCCUCUUGAGCUGAUUGGAAUUGUCCCUGCUCUGGUCAUCUUUGGCAUCUCUCAACCAAAUCUCUACCGUACCGAUAUGUGGCAGAUUGGUUGGGAGCAUGAUCCUCCUCUCAACUCGAACCCGGCUAGAGUUCUCUAUGCUUAUGCCAAUUAUCAGCCUCAACCAAAGAUUGCUCUCAUCUGGACACGAACCUUCACCAAUUUCAAUGUCGCCAUCUCGAUCAUCUCACUCUUCUUCCUCCUCGGCAAGCUUACUGCCUUUAUCAUGAGAGUUUGGUACCCCAUCUUCGCCACUUUCAUCAAUACCAGCAUGGUCGCUCUCUACACAGUCUGCGUCUACGGAACAAUUGGACCUGACUACACUGAUUCACGAUAUCCCGCUCCUGCAGCUUGGUACUACCGUAUUGGGUGUGAUAUUGCCAAGCCAUAUGGAAAGUACAAGAGCUGCAUGAUUGCUCGAUACUCGCUUGUAAUUGGUGUUUACAUGCUGUAAGUGGUCUAUAGUAUUUGCAUAUGCCAUAACUUUACUAAUACUGAUUUAGGGCGAUCUAUCUCUGCAAUCUGGCAUUCAGCAUCUAUGCCAUGCUUCCCAAUAAGAUCAACGAUGUUUCGGAUGACGACGACGAUGAAGAUGGAUCUACGACUUCGGAGCCGAAGGGAGGUGUUUGGGAGAUGCACAACAUGAAGACCCCUAGUAUUCGAGCGAUGCCGUAUACUCCUCGAACACAGGCUUUCCACACUCUGGAUCGCCAACUGCCACUGCGAUCUCAGCAAAACAGAUACUAUGGUUGAAGAAGUAUUAGGACGAAAUUUAGGAUAUGUCAUGAGGGGACCACUAUCAUUAAUGAGCAUUGGGUGUUUGGAGUUAAGGAUGAUAUACCAAGGAACAUACAUAGCCUAACGAGGCUCAACUUCCAUUAACUAUUAUUCAUAUAUGAAUCUGAUAAUUCACUGAGAUUUACAUGAGCUAUCCGUCGCGCAGAAUUGCCUAUUUC